GGGAGGUGCAUUAAAAACUAACGAGCGGUCGACAGGAUCCUACGAACGAGGACAACUUUGUGAACCUUUCUGCAGAGAAGAAAAAAGGUGAUGGCAGUGGCAGUCUCUAGGGAUCUGACGGUGCAGGUGCUUGAGGAUGUGAAUGCUGUCAAGCUCACUGACAGACAGCAAGUCCUGCGAGCUGCCGUCCAGAGGGGAGAACCCAAAUGUCUGGGGGUGAGUCAGGUUAUGCUGGGGCUGAUGGUCAUAUCCUACUCCAUUCCGCUGCACGUCACUGAAUUGACUGAGGUUGUCACCCUGGGAGUUCCCUGGUGGAGCGGCCUGAUGUUCAUCACAGCAGGAGCUGUUGCAAUCAACUUGGACAAAAACUGCACCAUGAAGACUCUGCAUUUGUGUUUGAUGGUGAGUGUGGUGUCCACUGUGCUGUCAGUGGCGGCUGUGAUCAUCUACUCUGUGGACAUCGACAAGUACCCUGUGGUGGCCUGCGUCAGAGGGGCAACAGAGAGCUGCACUGAGAAAUACUUCGCCAUGAGGCUGAGCAGAGGACUGAAGUCAUCCCUUCUUCUCUUCACUCUGGCACAAACAGCCAUCUCUGCUGUUCUCAGCUUCCUCCUCUUCAGACAGAGGCGCAGCUUUGGACAGUACACUUCUCUCUCUGAAGCUGCUCCAUCCACCCCCGAAACACUCAUACCCCCAAAUCUGCACUGACCAAUCACCGGAGCAGUAGAGGGGAGGGAUGACGUCUCAUCAGGGCGACCGAUCCGCUGUCAUCAUGUUGGGUUGUUGAUUGAACCAAGGGUGAUGGAUCACCUCUUGUUCCCAUUGUGUUUGUCUACUUGUCUGCCUGUGCCUUAUCCACUGUGGUACCUGAAAUGUUGUGGAGCUCAGGAGCUUCUCUUUUCAAAUGUCUCUUGUUUUUAUUAAUGUCAACGUAUGUCAGUACUCUUAAGCCAAAUGAUUCCAAACUUCAAUCAACAACAGAGCUGCCUUAUUAAAAUAAGAAAGUAUGAAUAAUAAAACCUUUUAACAUUGGCGGAAUGUUUAAAAUAUGAGCCUUUAUCAAAUUAAUGGAAGGGAACAGAAGAAAGGUAGAAAACGCGUAGUCUGAUCAAGAGACUUUGCUCUUGUGUUGUAAAUCUUUUGUGGCCAUGAAAUGUGAAAAUGUAUCCUGUGAAGUGAAGCAAACUGUCUGGGAGGAAUGGGAAGCAGAGGGCAGCCAUGUGUACAGAGAAUUACAGGGGACUAUUUCAGUUCCAGGCAAAAAGGGCCGUGUGUACCCGACAUUGAAAAACCGAGCUUUCCCCCAAGAAACACAUGAUACAUGAUGGACACCCUUCAAUAAAACCACUCCAACAAUAGAGCUUUUAGCAGAAAUGUAUUGAUACUGUAUUGAUGAAUUGAUAUUAUAAUGGUAGUAACAGAGAAACCCUUCCACUUUGUACAGGAGUAGAUCAUCUGUGUGUGUAACAAGCAGGUGAAUACUGUCUUUAUAAAAAGCUUUAAAAUAACAGUAAAAUACUCCGCCACUUCAUCAGUUUCAGCAUUACUUUGAGAUAAACAAUGUUCCUCACAUUUUAAAUAGAUGUGUGAAAGGCACAAAGUAUACAGUAUCAUGUGCACUGUUUUUUUUUUCUGUAUUCUUCGUUAACACCAUGUUGAAAUAUGUUUAUUAAUUGUGUUCUAACUCUGAUAAAGUCUGCAUUAUUUUAUAUAAAAUAAAAUCAUAUAUACAUAUGGAUUAAACCCAUGAUCCUCAGA